AGAAAUAUGACACAGGUUUUAAAGUUGUAGCGCAGUUUAAGUAGAAAUAAUUCAGUCAUAAUCAUAGUAAACAUAAGAAAAAAAUUGAAUUAUAGAAUUGUCUAGUCCGAAUUUACAGUUACUUGAAGAAAAUGUAAGGCUCAUCGUUAAAAAAGUAUCAGUAAUAAUUUCCAACAACAGUAGAAAAUCUUUCUUUAGAAAAAGAUAAUCACUGAUCAAUCAUGAUUCGACUUGCAAUAAUCUGCCUACUAAAUUUACUAGUCAAAGGUGAAAACAGUAUAGAUGGUAAAGUGAGUUUAAAGGAAUUGAAUUCUUCUCUUUCCAAAGCGGAAGAAUAUAUGGAGAACCAAUCAAUGAAUGAAGAUUCGGCAAUUUUCUUCGGUAACACAAGAUCUGGAAGAAGUACCCUAAUUAAUUACUUAAUGGGCAAUAAAUUAGAAGUUAAAAGCUAUUCUAAAUUUGGCCCAAAAGUAAUAAUGAAAGCAGAUAAUGAAUCCAUAGGACCAGAAAUCAGUAUUGGAUCAUUAUCAACAACAGCAACCCCCAAAGGGUGGACUUCGAAAACAUUCCCUAAUUUGACUCUUUGGGAUGUUCCUGGGUUUGACGACAAUAGAGGAACAGUACAAGAUGUCACUAAUUCUUUUUAUUUAUAUCGAUUGGUGAAAAGUGUUAAAUCUUUAAAAAUAAUUUUAGUUGUCUUCAUUAAAGACAUUACACAAGAUAAUACACAACAGUUUUUAUCACUUUUAACAACAAUUAAAAAUCUUUUUGGAAAUCAAUUUAAAGACAGUUUUAAAAGUAUAUCAGUAAUUUUCACAAAAGUACCUGCAACUACUAAUAAUGGUGUAUUAAUUGAUAAAGAAUAUGUAAAUCAUCAUUUGAAAACUUACUUAUUACUUGACGCUGGAUUGGAAUGGUCCGAAGUUUUUAAAAACUUUACAGUGUUUCUAUUAAGUAAUAAUGAUAGGUUUGCCCUCUUCAAAGGCAUAUCAUUUAUAAGUAAUGUUACUGCUGAUAUCGAUGCUGAUAUUAUUUCAGUUCUUAAAAACUCUGAACGCAUACAAAGUAAUCUUCUGCAGGAUGUACAUCCUAGUAUUUCAGCUUCUUCUAUGUUACGACUGUCACAAGCAAAAGAGAUAAAAGAGUUGGAGGAAAUGAUUCCAAUGUUAGUAGACGUUUUGACACAAGCAUUAUCUAACGAAACAGAGAAGAUAAAAUUUUUGCAGAAUAACAGCGAUAAAAUUGAAUUAAACAACACCAAAUUUAAAUUAAUUGAAAUGGAACAAAGACUUUCCUCAUUGAGUAAUAAGUCUAAUUUAUACCAAACUAUGGAAACCAUUUUCUCAACACAUCCUACAAUUUGGUCAACAUUUGAUAAGCGGACAUUGAUGAUAAAUCUUGAACUAAUACAAUCUGUUGAAAACGUAUUACACAUAAUUAUAAGUAAAGCAUUAAAGAUUACGGUUAAUUAUCUCAAAACCAAAUUCAUUCAUCAAUUAAAUUCAACGAUUGCCUAUGUUGAAGUAGUUUUGGGAAAUAUUUCUCCUGACGUAUAUAUGAAUACUAUGGAAAGAAAUGAAAUCGCGUCGAAUUCAGCAAAUGCCAACUUAACUGGUCAGAUGGAUUCGAUGCCGACAAUUGAAGUCGGUUUUUGGCGUAGUAUUUUUAACAAGAUUGGAAAUGUGUUUAGUAAUCUUUAUAACAAAUUCUUUAAAUAAUACCCAAAGUAUGCACGUAACGUUAUUGUAAUGUUACAUGUAAUGUAAGUAACAUUACAAUGUUAGAAACAUUACAGUGACCGAAAUUUUUAUGUCACUAUGAAUCCUGUUUCAUGAUCCUCUGUAGGAUCCCUUUUAAGAACCUCCUUUCAAGAACUUGUUCGAUAUCCGUCAGUUUCCUAAGUAAUCACUUGUAGAAUAAGAUCCUUAGAAAGAUCCUAUUUAUUAUCUUGCAAAUGUUCCUUCAAAAGAACUAACUGUAUGAGUGUUGCUUAUGAUGGGUGAACCUAACAAAAGAUUCUUUUUUAUAAAAUUAAAUAAUAAAAUAAUUUUUUCAGCUAUUAAACAGAAAAUAAUAUAAAGAAUUGAAAGAAGGUUAUUUUUUAAUCAUAAAAUACUUCUGUUCAUAGACUCUUAAUUAUUUUUUUUUUUUAUUGGGGAUGAAUAACAUAGAAAGAUACUGUCUUUAAAAAAAUUCUCUCCUGAUAACACAGCUUUGGCUCAUGAAUUUUUUUAAAAGUUUUUUACGAGCCAACAUUUUUUUCUUCCAGCAUAAAGAUCUUAAUAUGGCGAUGAGAUAAAAACAUUUCUCAAUUUUAAAUUAAAACGUUAAAAAUCUUUAAUUAAUAUCAGUCAAAAUUUCAGAAAUUUUUAAAAAUUUUAUAUUAUUUCCAGGUUUUUCAUACCUUUUUCUAAAUUCCAUACCUUUUCCAGGUUUUCCAGGCUCUAUGACAACCAUGAAUUAAAUUUUUUGAUUUAUAUUCUUAUAAAAUAGUUGUAAACAUAUAUUUUCGUAUAUUUUAUUUAAAAAUGGAAAUUUUAGACAUAAUAAGAAACUAUGGUAAUUUAAUUGAGAUAAAUUAACAUAAAAUAAGAGUAUAACAUCUAAUCAUAUGUUUAUAAUAUUGGAAAAAUAAUAAGUUAAAUAAACUCUAUAUAAAGUUCUA